UUACUUCAAAUUAAGAAAACUGUCAACCUCAGUUUUUGUUGUCAACAAUUUGUCCUUGCAAUAUACAUAGGAAACAUUUGUUUUGUGAAAGUUACAUGUAGAAAAAUACCAAGGACCACACUCAUCAUGGAUUUCAUGUUUCUCAAGAAGUUUACACUCCUCUUUCUCCUCAUUUCUGGAUCACUUUUAUCAACUUCUUUUGCAGGUCGAGCAUCGAAGUUCAUGAGAAAGUCAGAUGAAGAUGUGAAUAAGGUAGCAACAAUGAAGGCAAUGGAUGAGGAAGAAGUAAGCAUUAUCCGUGAGAGGCUUCUUAGGGCUAAUACAAAAGAUUAUGGACGAUAUGAUCCAUCGCCAACUUUUUCUAAGCCUCCUUUCAAGCUCAUACCAAAUUGAGUUAUAACGUUCAAAGAAUGAAUCCUUGGAAGUUGGUACCGGAAAUAUAAGUACUAUAUAAUAUAAAUAAUACACUGUUUAAUGAUCUUAGUGUAAUAUAAGACUUUCAUAUAUUUUAUUAUAUAGACAUGUAUAAAUAUAAAUGCUUAGUCAUAUGUUUUGAAGUCUAUAAUAACUCAGUUAUUAUAGGAACAUGUACGUGUACGUGUGUUUUUAAGUUUUAAUUAAUAUCACUAUAUAUAUAUAGGUCUAGUUUUGUGUAAUGUAUGCUUUGAUUUGAUAUACAUAUAGAGAUAUA